CCGCGCCGCACGCCGUCGCCGUUCCGCGCCUCCGCCCGCCGUCGCCGUUCUGCGCCGCCCGCCGUCGUCCUCCUCCAGCUCGGGCCGUCCCCGUCUGUCGAGGCGCCGCCGUCCUCCUCCAGGUCGGGCCGUCCCCUUCCUCCCCGUCCCGUCCUCGUCCCGAGAGCUCCUGCCCGUCCCGCAUCGUCCUCACCCUCGCCGCGUUUCCGUCCUCCUCGAGCUCGGCCGUCGCCGUCUGCACGUUCCUCUACAGCGGCAAGGUGAGACAGUACAUUCUGUUCCGUUCCUCACCCUGUGUCUCUUCUCUUUCUUUAAUUGCUAUGAGACUAAUUGAAGUGCAAAUGGCAUAUGGCGUGAGAAUGUACUGCAUAGUGACUAAUUGAAGUGCUAUGAGUUUGAUUGUGCUAUGAUUUGUUAUUUGGUUCUCUGUCAUAUUGUUUGCUGUGAGAAAUUAAAGUGUAAAUGAUAUUGCUGUGUGUGUCAUAUUCAGUGCACAUUAUAAGAUAUUUUUUAGUGCUGUAAGUUGAUGCAAUGUUUAUGUAUUUAGAUGGAUCAAGAUAAGGCACCUAAGGCAAUUUGGGAUGCAAUGUCCACCACAAUAUUUUGUGAAAUCUGCAUGAAACAAAAAAAGGCAGGCAAUAGGCCUACUGCUUUCCUUAGUCCAGAGGGGUACAAGAAUCUAGCUAGAGAAUUUGGUACUAGGACAGGGAGAAACUACACAAAACCACAAUUCAAAAAUAAAUGGGAUUCAACCAAAUCAUUAUAUCAAGCAUGGGUGUAUUACACUACCAAAGCAACGGGACUUGGUUGGGAUCCGGUGAAGAGGACAAUUACAGCAAGUGAUGAACAAUGGGCUGAAUUGAUCAAGCCGUUGAGGGUAGUGUUGAGCAUUACAUAGCAACCAAAAUAUUUGGCAAACUUGAAAAUCGAGCUUUCUUCUAUACCAUGAAAACUAAGGAGGGCCGGCUUCGUUGGUUGAAGAUGCAAUAUGAGGAUAGGAAGAGAAACUAGAGCUACUUUAUUUACAUCUAUGUUCAUCUAAAAAUGUAUCCUUAUGCUACCUUGUUGUUACUACUUUUAUGUACCCAUAAGACUUGGAACAUCCUUUUAUGUAUGGAAUUGGUGCUGUUUUGGUGCUAUAUGGUGCUGGUUUGGUGCUAUGUUGGUGCUGUUUUGGUGGUAUAUGGUGUUGUUUUGGUGAUAUAUGGUGCUGUUUUGGUGGUAUAUGCUGCUGUUUACUCAUAUAUGUUGCUGUUUACUCAUAUAUGUUGCUGUUUUGGUGGUAUAUGGUGCUGUUUUGGUGGUACAUGUUGCUGUUUUGGUGGUAUAUGCUGCUGUUUACUCAUAUAUGAUGAUGUUUACUCAUAUAUGGUGCUGUUUUGGUGGUAUAUGCUGCUGUUUACUCACAUAUGUUGUUGCUUGUUGUUUUUAGAUGAGCACAAGUCAGAGUAGUGAUGAAAGUGACAGCGAUAUGGCAUCGAGUCCGCACUUAUGGAAUCAAGAAGGCGUCGGCGGCUACGGAAUGCACAAGUGAUGUACCAAGUUCUUGAACAUUCCGAGAAGCAUCUUACGAAGAAAAAGAGGGUAGAACCAAGAUGCACCGGACAACAAUGGGUAUUUGAUAACUUGGGCAGCUCGAAGGAUUGUUAUGACAUGUUUAGGAUGCAUAGGCCAUGUUUUGAUUCUUUGCAUGACACUUUGGUUGAAAAAUAUGGUCUCAAGGGGUCAAACCGCAUGUGUUCCGAGGAGGCACUUGGAAUGUUUCUGUGGACUCUUGGUAGUCCACAAUCCGUGACUCAAGUUCAAAACCGAUUCAAGAGAUCCAGGGAGACAAUCAAUAGGAAGUUUGCGGAGAUUCUAUAUUGUGUAAAUCAGUUAGCGGGAGAUAUCAUCAAACCUAUUGAUCCACAGUUCCCAAUAGUGCAUGAGAGGCUACGGGAUUCUAGAUUCACACCUCAUUUCAAUGGUGCAAUUGGUGCAAUUGAUGGGACACACAUACCAGUUAUUGUGCCAGCGGUUGAUAUAGUCAACCAUGUUGGUCGCCUUGGAUAUCCAACACAGAAUGUUAUGGCUGUUUGUGAUUUUGACUUGAGGUUUACCUCCAUUGUUGCCGGAUGGCCAGGUUCCGUACACGACACAAGGAUAUUCAAAGAUACUUUGCUUAAGUUUGAAGCAAAUUUUCCUCAUCCUCCUCCAGGAAGAUACUAUCUAGUUGAUUCGGGUUAUCCCAAUCAAGAUGGUUAUCUUUCACCAUAUACAGGAACCAAGUACCAUCUACCCGAGUUUCGACUAGCUGGACCGCCAUCUGGGAAGCAAGAAAUAUUCAACCAUGCUCAUUCAUCUCUUCGAAAUGCUAUUGAGAGAGCAUUUGGGGUAUUGAAGCAGAAAUGGCGUAUCUUACAUGGUAUAUCAAGUUAUCCAAUAGAGAAGCAGACAAAGAUUAUCAUUGCAUGUCUAGCACUCCAUAACUUCAUUCGUGAUAGUCAAUUGUUUGAUCUACACUUCUAUAGAUGCGAUAUUGAUGAGAACUACAUGCCUCCGGGGCAUGUUAGUUCCACAUCCGGAGGCAAUGUAGGCGACAAUUUAGGAGGGGAUCAUGUUACCACGAACAACACUCGUGACAACAUAGCUAAUGCUUUGUUCGCAGCAAGUGGAGGUGUCUAGACAUUAGAACUUGUGAAGAAGUGAAAAACUUGUUGCUCUUUUGGGUACAUGUGAAGAAGUGAAAAACUUGUUGCUCUUUUGGGUUGAUGAGACGUGUCUUGUAAUAUAAAUGUCACAACACUCUCGUAUUAUCUUUAAUAUAUGUAAUGUUUUAUAUUUAAUAUGAACAAGUAUCGUAAAACAGUCGGAAAUAGUUGAUCCGUGUCAAAACGGCAUUUA